UUUCAGUGUAAAAAUCAUGCAAAAUGAAAGUAAAAACUGUAAAGAUGUUUUCGUCACCCUAAUACUAACGGAAUCCACUUCGAGUCUGCUAAACCUGAAUUUGCCCCAUUUGGAACGAAUCCAUCCAGAAAACUCGCAAAUCUGCCUCAUUACACCUAGUGAGCUCAAUUACUUCAAGAAGAAAUAUCAAAAAUCCAAGGAGAAUCUCGGACAAUUGGACGUCGCUAGUACUAGUCAUGGUGGCGAUGCAGGCGAUAAGAAUAUCGAGGAGAUUUACCUAAAAAUUUCUUCAGACAUGGCACUGUUUUCCAAUGGCAAUUUCUCGUCUUCCUCCUGUGUGGACGAACUUGCAGAUGAAGAUGGGGCUAAAAAUAUGAAAGAGGAUCAAAAACCCACAAACAUAUUUGAAGCCACGAAAAUUCAAAAAUGCCCUCUUGUAACUGCACGUAGCAGAGCCCACUCUGAUAAGCUGGCUGUGAAUUCAAACGAUAUUUAUGUUUCCUUGUUGGACACGGAGUCUCAAUCGUCAACUGACUAUAUAUGCCGUAUCUGCCAUGGCGGCGAGAGUAUGGACGAUUUGUUGACGCCUUGCCGGUGCAGGGGAACAAUAGCAUUAGUUCAUUUGAAGUGCCUCGAACGGUGGCUGAAAGAAUCGAACCACAGCCACUGCGAAUUGUGCCAGCACCACUAUCAAAUCAUCAGAGAGCCCAAAUAUGGCGUCGGCUGGUCUAUUUUGGCAUUUCUCAGACACCCCGGGCCCCAUUUAAAAGAUAUUCUACUAGAUUUCUUGGCCUUUGCUUUGUACACUCCGUCGGCCGUUGCUUCGACUUACAUGCUGAUGAUGAUCUGUGAAUCUUUGGUCAAGUCCAACAUCGUUACCAAUGGCACGUUUUCGUCGCAUGCUAUAGCAUUCUCUGCUAUUUUCGGCAUGGCUGCGAUAGAUUUCACGUACACGUCGUGGUUGAUGCUGACUUUCCAGAAGCACGUAGAGAACUGGAGGGAUUGGUAUAGGAAUUCCUCUACCCUAAAAGUGGUCCUUCCAAAGAUAAAAUUACGACCGCAUAAAAACAAGCGGAAAAUAGUGAAAUUUAAAACUGUUUAAUAUUCAGUAAUUAUUAUCUUUGCAGAUUUAAAUGAAAAUAUUAUAAAAAAGUUAAUAAUUUAAACAUGGCAUUUUUCAG